AAUAAAAAGGCUUUAGCUGAUACAGUUUUUUAUCAAAAUAUUUUACCAGAAGCUAAAAUUAAUAAAUCAUUGGACAUCUCAAAAGAAAGGAAUCCUUGUUAUUUGUUUCCGAUAUUACAAUGUAAGCUUUGUGGGCUUAGGUUUCCAACUGAGCAUUCGCAGUCCUUUGGCCAGCACAUUGAGGACCAUAGAAGGUUUACACAAGCGAUUGGUGAAAAGACAGUAUUGAGAAGAGAGUUUUUCAAUACAAAAGACCAAAUGAAAGUAGAAAAGCUUGAGUUAGAAGUUGAAGGUUUGGCAGAGGACGUGGUGUGGGAGAAAGAAAGUCCUAAUUGUGUUAUAUGCGGUAGGAUUAUAAAGAAGAAGUGGAAUGACACGUUGGAGAGUUGGGUCUUAGAAGAUGGAACAAAAAUAAAUGAACAAGAGGUUGCACAUAGAAAGUGUGCGUAUUAA